CCGCUGCAUCCCGAGCUGCAUCCCGAGCUGCAUCCCGAUGAGCCGCCGCGUCCUCUCCGCUCUCGCCCUGCCCGCAGGGGUGUCCGUGGCCGCGGCUGCGGCGGGCUUCCAGAUCCUCUGCCAGGGAAUUGAGCACCCUGGGGACAAAAAGGCCAGCAAGGAGGAAAAGGCGACCAUGGGGAAGAGCAGAAGGCAUAUCAAGCCGUGCAACCUGACUGGCUGGUGGGAGAAUGACCUGGGCUCCAAGAUGCAAGUGUUCAAGGUUGGCAAGGAUGGAACCUUCUCUGGCGAGUACCACACCGCCGUGUCAAGUGCCGAGAAACCCAUCCAGCCAUCCCCACUGACUGGCUCCCAGCACCUGGAUGAGGAUGGACAGUGCACCUUUGGCUUCACUGUCAACUGGAAGAAGUUCUCAGACUCCACAGCUGUCUUUGUGGGCCAGUGCUUCAACGGGGACGAUGGGAAGGAGGUCCUGCACACCUCCUGGCUGCUGCGGGAGAAAGUCGACUCGGAGCCGGAUGACUGGAAAGCCACCAGGACUGGGCACAACACCUUCACUCGAACGGGCUGAAAGAGGGAGCAGCAUCUCAUCCUGGCCACACCUGGGAGACUGGAGCCUCCUCAGCAGGAUCAGUGUGUACUAGCAUGCCGUGAUGUUUCCAGCUGUGGAGGAUGAUAUCCCAAAAAAACAAGAAAUAAAAUUAAAGAUGUUUAAGUACA